AUGGGAAUUGGUAGACGCUCCCGCAGUCCAGAUACGUUGAAUUGCGAAGCGCCUGCUGAAAAAAUGGCUAAAACUUCAGACUCUGAACAUACAGCCUUGGACAAUGUUAAAACCUCCGCACCUUUGAAUGUUCUCCGCGAUUCUGGAAUAGCCUCAAUGACAGCGCAGGAGCCCAUGCUUUCUAAAGCGCCAUCAAACCACACAGUGAUUGCCAAGGACUCCCAACUUCCAGUGACCCGAACUAAACGACAGGAUUGGUGUCGCUGGCCCGUUUGUAAGGAAUACUACAAAACCGGAGUCUGUCCCAAUGAAGGUGGGGGAAGGAAGGAUGGAACAGCUUGUCAACUGGCUCAUGUUAGGGAGGAAGACGAAGUCUCGGUGAUAGGGGAUAGUUACGUUCGCGUUUGCUUUGAAUCAAUGGGUCUCGUUCAGCACAUUCGUGAUCAGAUAAUCGCAAGGCGUCAUGCCCAGUACCUCCAGGAGAAGCAAGUCAAAAUAAUGCGCAAUCAGAUUUCCAACGCUCUAAUGCAAGUGCCCCCCACGCCGGCUGUAAAUCCGUUCGUCUGCCUCACAGACCCCCUCACAGGCAUCCCGCUUAACCAAUAUUUCAUGUACAACAACUACGUGAUGCCAGACUGGACUUCGGCAACUCUCUUGGCCGCAAAUAAAAAUCCCUACGCUGGUACCGACGUAAAUGUCGCCAAGCUACCUCCAGCAAUGAGCAUUGACACGUCGAUGCUCAUCUAUCCACAAUUCCUAUCGCCUGCGGCUCUGAUUCCGGCAAUGAAUUGGACCGAUUACUUCGCAAAAAUGAGCGCACAGUAUUUCCAGCAGCGCACUGAGCCGAUCACACCAUACAGCUGGCUACCCAUGGCACCAGUCAAUUCACAGCUCCUGAAUACCAUGGUUCCGGCACACACCGCGCUGACUUUUCAACCGCUUGGAGCGCUGAACUCGGUCACUCCACCCGUUGGAGUGCCUCCACAAUCGAAUGUUGUGCCCUCCACGCAGGCCACAAACCAGCUUCCAAAUGUGACGCGAUAG